AUGAUUAUGGUUGGAAUACUGAGGCAUCAUGCCACUCAGCUCAUGAACUCAACCCCAAAGACAUCUGUUCGUGGCAUCAGAGAAACUCAAGCAUUGUUGAGAUCAUCGCUGCUCAGAUCACCAGCUGCUUCUGAUAUUCCACCUCACUCAUUCAAGUCUCGAAAAGACUAUUGGGCAAAUGCCUUUGAAGGGAAAUCAUACUUGAAAAAUCCAAAUGCGGAUCUCGCUGCACAGCCAAACCCAAUGGAUCCAAACUCUAUGGACGCCAUGAUGGACGGCAUGAAGAAACAAAUGACAAUGAUGGUGCCUCAAGCGGUCAUCAUGUCUUGGAUCACCUUCUUCUUUUCAGGAUUUGUAUUGAUUAAACUGCCAUUCCCUUUGACAGUACGAUUCAAAUCCAUGUUGCAACGAGGGAUUGAGACAGCCGAUAUGGAUGUAUCCUGGGUCUCGUCGCUCUCGUGGUACUUUUUGAACUUGUUUGGUCUGAGAUCCAUCUAUACGCUCGUUUUGGGUGAAGAAAAUGCUGCGGACGGCCUCAAGGACUCACUUCCAGGGCAGAUGCAGAUGUCUCAACAAAAUCCAAUGCAGCAGCCCUCAGAGGUAGUUAAAAUGUUUAAAUCUGAAAAGGAAUAUCUGGAUUUAGCACAGCAUGCUUGGGAAUUGGAAAAGGUGGAAGACCGACUUCUAUCCAAGUAUCGCAAACCAGCUGCCCAAGGCUUGAAAAAGAUGUCGUAG